AUGAGUUCCUCGGAUGUGGUCGUCCUAUCGGUGAAGGUUGCCAAACAGCCCAAGCCUCGUCCACCGCGGCAGGAGGGCCGAAUCGACAAUGAUGCUGACAGCCAGGAGCCAGCCAGACCCCAGAAAGCGAAGCAAGAAGUGAAGAAGGAGACCCAGGCAGACACGCCAGCAGGCGCAGUCCAAGGCCAAGACCAAGACAUCCAGGAGGAGCUCCAGGUGAAGGAUGAAGUUAAGGAAGAAGUUGACGCAGAUUCGUGUUCGAUGAAGUCUCGAAUGGCAUUGAGACAUUUACAGGACUUGAAGACGGAGGUGGAGGAGGAGGUUCCGAAGAACAGACAGCAGCACGUGAAGACUGAGAUCAAGGAGGAGCCUUUGAAGGGCAAUGAUGAUCGAGUCAAAGAGGAGAUCACGCAGAAGGCCAUCAAGCAGGAGGUGAAGGAGGAGCUUUCGAAAGAUGCGUGCAUGGAAGUGAAGAAAGAGAGCAACGAGGCACAGGCUGAGAUCAAGCAUGAAGUGAAGCAGGAGGACCCUUUCAAGGGACCAGAAGUGGCCAUGCCAGUUGUGGCUUGGAUUGGCACUAAGCGGGAGACAGUGGAUGACCUGCCUGUGCAAGUUCAGCAAGAGAACUUCGAGCAGCCUGGGCCGAAGAGGCGUCGACUGAGCCAGAAGAGUCCUGAUGUCUCCGUUCCAUCCUUCGAAUCGCGAUUGACAGAGUGGGCAGAGAAAUGCCCAGCAUUUCAAUCCUCUGGCAAGACGUGGCUCCCCACGAAGCCCUGCUGUCCGGCCAGCCCGUUUCUCGGAUUGGCCGCAGCUCCGUGGAAAGGGUGUGUAAGAGACACAACAACAGCAUGCGUGCAGCUCCUCAGCAAAGAGCAGUUCAGAGAGUUGCGCGACUUCUACCGCGAGAAUCCACACCAUGCUCUCUUCCAUGACACCAGUGACCCAAGCAGCGAGGGACAGGUAGUGACCACUGCUGGAUCCAGGCCGCAGCCCCACAGGAGCUCAACCGGCAAUCAGCACCGAGCAGCUGAGUGCAUGAAAAUGUGGCCCUGGAUGCGGGACCUUCCGACUCGAGCUUGGGCCGGCAAUGGCUGGCUGCUGGUGGAGGACGGCAUGAUGAAGCUCUCGCCGACCGGUGGAGGCUCCGCCAUGCAAGGCCUCGAGAUCUUCGAGUCCGUGGGCUCCGUCCAGGAGCCCGGCGAGCCGAAGCCCUUGGAGUCGACGAGCCAGGUCGAGCCGGGAGCUCAGGUCGUCACGAGCAGGUUCCGCGGCCUGGACCGCCAGAGCGGCAUCCCGGGAAUUUGCUGGCACAGAGGGAAGCUUUGCUGGCAGUUGUCCUUCUAUGAAGCCGGCAAGCGCCAAAACCUCAACUACCCCAUCUCCACGCACCUGAAGCUCGGCCUCGCAGAGGCCGAAGCCUCGGAGGCCGCUCUUGAGGAGGCCAAGGCUUUCCGCGAGGAGCUCGUGCGCCUGGGCAAGCUGAAGCCACCAAAGUCCAGCACUGAGAAGGCCUCCAGCUCCACGGUGAGGGGCAUUCAUAAGGCGAACGGAAGCUGGCGGGUGCGCAUUACGGACCCGUCCACCAACAAGAAGGUCCAUGGAGGCUGGUUCAAGGUGAAGGAGGAGGCGGAGGCCAGGGCCCGGGACCUGGCCAAGGAGUUGGGGUUGCAGGAGGUGCUGGUGCCGGUGAAGCCGCUCUCGGAGAUCCCGCACUUCGAGCCGCUCGGGCCGGAGAAGGGAAUCAAAUGGGUACCUAGCGAGCGGGCCUGGCGUGCCCGAUGCAAUUGCUCAGGCAAGGAGAAAGCCAUGAGGUUCUGCCCGAAGGAUUUCUCGCCGAAGGAGGCGGAAAAGGCCUGGAAGCAGGCGGUGGCCUGGCGCAAGCAGCAGGAGAAGGAUCAGGCUGAACAGCCCCGCAAGCGAUGA